UGUGUUUUUAGCUUGAGACUCUCUUUGGAAUCUGAGUUACUGCAGUGUCAUAAAUAAAUAAAUAAAUAUUUUGUUUUUUUUUUUGCUUUCGCUAAUGGUGAAAAAUUGAUUAAAUAAAAAGUAAUCGAAAUUUUGAAAACUUGAUAAAUAAAAGUUAACCAACAUACAACAAUAAUUGUUGACCAGUGGUUUUCAGAGAGAUCUUUACUUGUUUAUUAUAGUGGUCAAAGCAAUUAUCAUAUAAAUUUUUACUUAUGAGUGUUGGUAAAGAUUUGUAGUUUUAUCAAACUGCUGUUGUUUGGUAAACGUAUGAAAUAUUUAUAUCCUUCCACUCAGAUUGAUAUGAAUUUUGGACUAUGUCAACACUCGAAGAACGUACAGCAUAUGAAAAAAAUCCUUAUUUCACUGGGCAUAUUUACGGCAAUUUUUCACCAUUCUACGUAACUAUUGCGAUUUGUACAAUUGUACUCGGAUCAAUUAUUAUAUUGAAUAUAGUACUGGGUUGCUGUUCCAAGUAUCGUAAAUAUUGGCAGGAUAGGCAUACAGGAAAUCGUUGGUUAGUCUCAAUUUGGUCAGCCACACCGCAUAAGCAGCCGCCUUUGGAUUUUACCGAAUUAAAAGAAGCAAAAUAUUUUGAAAGUUUACAGCCUUCUCCGCGUAUAUUCGGUGAGGAUAUAGAGGCGCAAGAGGAAGUACCCAUACAUCAUCAUCACCAUCAUCAUCAUCAUCAGCAGAGGCCGCCCCGUCCGGAAGGUCGUGCCUUGCACCAUCAGAGGCAACGUGAAGAAUACGUUGAGCUACAAAAACGCGAAAGCGAUAUUUAAAGUCCGCGA